UACAAAUCCGGGCUACUUGAUGUUGGUGCCUUAAGCUCUCCACAACAGCAGAUUUUGGGGGGUUUGUGGGCUUGGUGGGUCUGUAAAAACAUUGCUGUUGGCCUCCUUUAAUGGGAAUUUCUGCAAGGACUGUCCAAGAUGAUUCCCACCGAGGACGCGUCGGCCCGGAAGAGGGAGAUAGAGGAGAAACUGAAGCAGGAGCAGGAGACAUUGUCAUUCAUCAGGGAAAAUCUGGAGAAGAGUGAUCAGCUGACCAAGGGAAUGGUCUCCAUCCUGUCUUCGUUCGAGAGCCGCCUGAUGCAGCUGGAGAACUCCAUCAUCCCGGUCCACAAACAGACGGAGAACCUGCAGCGCCUCCAGGAGAACGUGGACAAAACUCUGUCCUGCAUGGAUCACGUCAUCAGCUACUACCACGUGGCCAAAGACACCGACAGGAUCAUUAGAGAGGGACCGACAGGCAGACUGGAUGAGUAUCUUGCCUGUAUCGCUAAGAUCCAGAAAGCUGUGGAGUACUUCCAGGACAACAACCCUGACAGUCCAGAAUUGAACACAGUGAAAGCACGCUUUGAGAAGGGGAAGGAGCUGCUGGAGGCCGAGUUCCGCAGCCUGCUGACCCGCUACAGCAAGCCCGUCCCCCCCAUCCUCAUCCUGGACGCCAUCAGCAUGGACGAGGAGCUGGAGGUGCAGGAGGAGGUGACGCUUGAACACCUGCCUGAAGCCGUGCUCCAAGACAUCAUCUGCAUCUCCGGCUGGCUGGUGGAAUAUGGACGCAACCAGGAUUUCAUGAACGUGUACUUCCAGAUCAGGUCCAGCCAGCUGGAUCGCUCCAUCAAAGGCCUGAAGGAUCACUUCCGCAAGAACAGCGCCUCCUCUGGGAUCCUCUACUCGCCCGCCGUCCAAACCAAACGCAAGGACACGCCAACCAAAAAGGUUCCCAAGCGACCAGGGACCAUUCGCAAGGCUCAGAACCUUCUGAAACAGUACUCACAGCAUGGGCUGGAUGGGAAAAAGGGGGGCUCUAACCUCACUCCUUUGGAAGGUUACGAUCAUGACCUGCGGGUCAAACACCACUCCGAUGCCCUGACCGAGAAGCACGGGGCCGCAGCAGGAAAGGACGAUGUCCUGGACAUUGAGAUCGACUCCUACAUCCAUUGUAUCAGUGCCUUUGUCAAGCUGGCCCAGAGCGAAUACGCCCUUCUGACUGAGAUCAUCCCCGAGCACCACCAGAAGAAGACGUUUGACUCCCUCAUUCAGGAGGCGCUGGACAACCUGAUGCUGGAGGGGGACAACAUCGUGUCUGCAGCUCGCAGGGCCAUCAUGCGCCAUGACUACUCUGCUGUCCUCACCAUCUUCCCCAUCCUCAGACAUCUGAAAAUGUCUAAAUCUGAGUUUGACUCAACACUGCAGGGAACAGCAGCAAGCACCAAGAACAAACUGCCUACGCUCAUCACCUCUAUGGAAACUAUUGGAGCCAAAGCUCUGGAAGAAUUUGCAGACAGUAUCAAGAAUGAUCCAGAUAAGGAGUACAAUAUGCCUAAAGAUGGAACAGUCCACGAACUGACCAGCAACGCCAUCCUGUUCCUGCAGCAGCUGCUGGACUUCCAUGAAACGGCUGGAGCCAUGCUGGCCUCUCAAGAGACCAGCUCAUCAGCGAGCAGCUACAGCUCCGAGUUCAGCAAAAGGCUCCUCAGCACCUACAUUUGCAAAGUGUUGGGGAACUUGCAGCUAAAUCUUCUUAGCAAAUCCAAAGUAUACGAGGAUUCAGCUCUGAGUGCCAUCUUCCUGCACAACAACUACAACUACAUCCUCAAGUCCCUGGAGAAGUCAGACCUGAUCCAGCUGGUCACAGUGACCCAGAAGAAAGCGGAGAGUUCCUACAGAGAGCUCAUAGAGCAGCAGAUCCAGACGUACCAGCGCAGCUGGUUGAAAGUCACCGAGCACCUGACAGACAGGAACAUGCCUGUCUUCCAGCCUGGCACCAAGCUGAAAGACAAAGAGCGGCAAGUGAUCAAAGACAAAUUCAAGGGCUUCAACGACGGGCUGGAGGAGCUGUGUAAGAUCCAGAAGGUGUGGGCCAUCCCUGACAAGGAGCAGCGCGACUUUAUCCGCCAGGCCCAGAAGAAAGUGGUGUCAGAGGCUUACAGGGCGUUUCUACAGAGGUGUGCCAACAUCUCAUUCACCAAGAAUCCUGAAAAAUAUCACAAAUACCGGCCGGAGCAGGUGGAGGAGAUGAUCGAAAGGUUGUUUGACACCUCGGCCUGAGCUCUGCCCCCCACCCAGUGGAAACACAUCUCGCCUCACGCAGAAACCCAGCUUCCCGGCUUCCCGUAACGUCCCAUCAGCUUCCUCUCACACUACCACUCCCCUCGUUGUGUUUGAUGAAUGUUCAGUUUUGUACAAAGAUAUAUUUAUAUGUAAUUUACCCGUUCCGGCUUAGCAUCCAAAACAAAUAAAGGGAACUGUAAAAAUUA